AUGAAUUGCAAUAGUAAUAAUAAUGGAAUUUUAAAUAAUGAAAGUAAUGCAAAUUCUUUUUUGAAUAAUUAUGAAAAUAUAAAAGUUUCCAAGCAUAGUUCAGCUGAAGAAAUAGCAGAAAAAUAUCUAAGAAAUAAAUUGAGUUAUGAAUAUAAAUAUAUAAAUAAAGGAGAUUAUAAAAUUAUAAAUAGUAGUGAUUAUUAUGGAAAAAAUAUAUCAGAUUGUAAAAAUUUAAAUAUAUCUAAUUAUGUACACAAUGAUGAAUUAAAUUAUUUAACUAAUAAAAAUAAUUUUUCAAAUUAUGAUAUAAAAGGUAACUUAAAUUAUGACAACAGUAUAAAUAAGAUAUCAGUAAUUUCUGAUAUUAACAAUAAUAUUCAUGCAAAUUAUUCUAACUCUAAAAAUGAUGAAAAAAAGGUGUAUAACAAUUUAAUUUUAAACUCUAAUAAUGCAUCUAAGUUAAUGUGCUCACCUAAUUCUAUUAAUAUGAAUAAAUUAAAUAAUUUGAAUAAAUUCAAUGAAGAAAAGAAAAAUAACUAUUUUAUGAAAAAUGAUUUUUUAAAAUGUGAAAAUAAUAACAUGAGCUAUAGUAAGUUGGAAAAUAAAGAAAAAAUUAAUGUAAACAAUAUUGAUGAGCUAUUAAAUAAAUACAAUAAUGUUAAUAACCAUGAUUCAUUCAAAUAUAAAUAUAAUAUAAAUAAAUCUUAUGCUCAGAAUGAAAAAGGAAGAAAGGAUAUAUCUGAUAAAACAAUUUUUACAAAUUCUUCAGUAAAUAGAACAGACGUUAUGAACAAUAGCAUAAAUGAUCAUAAUAAUUAUUAUUAUAAUAAUAGAAUUAGUAAAUAUUACUUAGACGAUGCAUUGCAUAAUAGUAAAAAAAAAAAUUUAAUUCAAAGAAAUAAAGAUUAUGUUCACUAUUUAAGUAAAAGAAAUAGUUUAUUAAAAAGUGAAUUGGUAGUGAAGAAGGAUUUAAAAAAAAAAAAAAGUGCUCCGACCAAGUCUGAAAAUACAUAUACGAAAAAUAAAACAAAAGCUAACAGGUAUAGUAAUAACUCAUUUUUUAGUUCUCUUUACAAGAAUGAUAAAGCCAAAUAUAAUAAUGAGGUAGAAUUACUUAACAGUAUAAAUAUUUUUAAUAAUAAUAAUAUUAAAAAUAAUAAUAGUUAUAUGAUAAAUUAUGAAAAAGAAAAACAUAACUUAAAAAAUAAAAAUAUUUUUAAUUUUUAUCGCUCAAAUAAAAAACCAAUGAAUAUAGAUAAUAUAAAUGAAAGUAUAUUUGACAUAAGUUUUUUAAAAUCUACAUAUUCUGAUUCAAGUAAAAUUAUUGAUUCUCCUUUAAAUUAUGAUAGCGGAAAUUUAAGUUCAUUAAGUACAAAUAUUAAAAAAAAUGAUGAAUCAUUAGUUAAUAAUUUAAAUAUAUCUGGAUGCCAUUCAAAUAAAGAAAGUAUAAUUCAUUAUAACGAUUUAAGUAACAAGAACAUAAUAGAUAAUUCAAUAUAUAAUGAAAAUAGUUUAGAAAAAAAUAGAGAUAUAACAUCAAGUAAUAUUAACUUUGUAAAAUUUUUGAAUUCUAACAAUAAUAUGAAAAAAAAUGUAGAUGAUAUAUUUUUAAAUAAGUCUGCUAUGCUAUCAAAUAAUAACGAGGUAAUAAAGAAAAGCAAUAAUUUUAUAAUGGAAACAGAAAUUCCAUUAAAUUUCUUUCAAAAUAAAAAUAUUAUAAAUAAUUUAUAUAUAGAAAAUAGGAAAUUAAAAAAUUUAGAUGAUACAUCGACGCAUUUAAAUAAUAAAGAAAAAAAUAAUAAUUAUUCUAGUGAUUUAACUAAAAAUAACUUAGUAAAUAAAAAGAACAAUUACUUAAAUAAUACAAAUAUUAUAAAUGUAAAUAAAAUUAAUACGAAUAGUUAUGUAUAUAAUAAAAUAAAAGAAGUAAAUAAUAAAUAUGUAAGUUCUAACAUGAAAUAUAAUAUGAGUAAUAGUACAUAUGAAAACAAAAAAAAUAACUUUAUUAUUUAUAGUAACUUGGUGUCUAAUGAUGAAAAAAAAUGUAAAAAAAAUGGUAAUAAUAAUUUGAAGGAAUACAUAGAUGGUAUGAAUAUGGUAGAACAAAAAGAUAUGUUAGUUGAUAAUAUAAAUGACAGUAAAUUAAAUUCUUUAUAUUUUUCUGAGAAUAAAUUAACUAAUAUAUUUAAUAAUAAUAUAAAAAAAAGUCAUUUAUUAAAUAAUUAUAAUAAUAAUCUAUAUACAAUAAAUAGAAAAAAAGGAUAUAUUGGUAAUAAUAAUAAUAAAAAAAGUGAGCAUAAUAGAUUAAACUUAUAUACUACUACUACUACUACUACUACUAAUAAUAAUAAUAAUAAUAUUAAUAAUAAUAGUAAUAUUAACAAAAAUAAUAUUAACAAAAAUAAUAAUAAUAAUAUUAGUAAUACUAAGACUAAUACCACAAAUAGUAAUAAUAGUAUAAAUCAAGUUCAUAAUGAUCCCAAAAAAAUAAAUAAAGAAAAAAAUAAUUUAAAUGAGUUGAAUAAUAUAAAUAAUUAUGAAGAUUAUUGUAAAUAUAUUAGUGAUUCAAUUAACUUUAUACCAAUAACAAUUAAAAAUAUGAAUAUUUUAUUAGCAUUAGCUUUGUAUUUUUUAAAUUUUAACAUAAACAAUAAUUCUACAAAUAAUGAAUUUUCAGAUGAAGUAUUAAUAAAGCUUUUAAAUAAAUUUUUAUAUUGUUUGAAUUUAAAAACAUGCUUAUUAAAGGAAAACAAAAUAAAUCAUAAUGAAAAUAAAUAUUAUUAUAUACAAAUAAAGUGGAAUGACAAUUCUAGAAAUAUUACAUUAACUGAUGAGAAAAAGAAAGGAAAUAAACAUAUGGAAGAAAAAGAAACAAAAAAUGAAGAGAAAACAUAUAAUAAAGAGGAUCAUUCUGAGAGCAUGAAAUAUAGUGAUAAUUUUUUUACUUUUUAUAAUAAAAGAAUAGUUAAAAGUAAAAAUGAAGAAAUGGAAUGUGUAUCAACUACAUAUUUCGAUAAUCAAAAUAAUAAUAAUACUACUUACAAAGAUAAUGAUAAUAAUAGAAAGAAAUGUUUUUAUUUAGAUGAAAAUAUGAAAAUAAUUAGUUUAAUUGAUAUUUAUAAAAUAGCUUGGAGCUUAUGUGUGCUAAAAAAAAAUUUUUUAUACAUUGAUUUAUUAAGGAUACUGUAUAAAGAAGUAGAAUAUAUGAAUAUAGAAAAGGAAUUAAUUUUUUGUAUUACUUAUAUUUUUAAAUAUUGUAAUAUAAUUGAAAUAGAAGAAUGUAAAACGGAUUUGAAUAAUAAUAUUAUUAUUAAUUUAGAAAAUAACAAUAAUGAAAAUUUAUGUAUGUAUUUACAUUUGUUAUAUAUAUGUUCUUUACAUGAUGAAAAAUAUCUAAAUAAUAACCAUAAAAAAAAUAUUGAUAAAAUAAUUAAUUAUUUUUAUGAUCAAAUAGAAAAUUUUAAUUUAUAUAUGUGUACAAAUAUACUAUGCGUAUUAGCAAAUUUAAAUAUAAAAAAUAAUGAUUACCCAUAUUUUUUUAAUAAAAUGAUAAAUUAUUUCAGAAAUAAUAUAAAAAAAUUAAAUAAAAGUGUAUUGCUUGUUAAUAUUAUGAGGUCUUUAUGUAUUUGUGAAGUAAUUUGCUCAGAAUUUUUAAAAGAUUUAAGUGAAUAUAUUAUAAAUAUUUUGCAUUUUAUUCCCCUAUGCGAAUUUAUAACUAUCUCAUGUAGUUUUAGUUGCCAAAAACUUUUAAUCAUAAAGAAUUAUUAUGAAAAUAUAAAGAAGGAAAAAGAAAUAAAGCAGGAAAAAAAAGAUAUGAUGAACAUUUCAAAAGAUUCAGUAGAUGAAUACAAAAAUUAUGAAUUACUAAUUAAUGAAUAUUAUGAAAAAAAAAAAAUUUUUCCAUAUUAUUUUUAUAGAAAACCAAUAUGCCAAUCAAUUAUUUUUAAAAUUUUAGCUUAUAACUUUUUACAGUAUGAACAAAAAAAUGUAAUUAACAGUAAUAAAACCAAUAAUAAUUAUUUUUGCGACUACAAAAGUACAUUUAACAAUAAUAAAAACGAAACUUCACUUGAUUUAAAUAAUACAAUAAAAAAAACAAAUAGAAGUUUAAGUGUAGAAAAUAAAAAAGAUAAUAAUAUUGAAAAAGAAAAAGGAGUAAAUCCUCAAAAUUCAAGAUUUAACAGUUCUAAUAUAUAUAGAAAUAUAAAAAAUAAUAACGUUUUUUCUGAGGAAUCAUUUUCCUUUUCUUCAUCUUCUUCUUUUUAUAAAAAUAAUAAUAAAUUUUUUGAUAAUAAAAAUGAAUAUAUAGUAAAAGGUUAUAGUGAAAAAAAAGAAAAUAAUAAUAGUAGUAGUAAUAAUGGUAAUAUAUUAGAUAAUAGUAACAUAUUGUGUUAUAUGAAUAAUGAUGCUAAUAUUAUAACCAAUGAUUUAAAAAAUAAUAAAAGUAAAUAUUUGAAAAAAUGCAAUGAAAAGAAAAAAAUAAAAGAAUAUUAUAAUAUUUAUGAUAGGAAUAAAAAUUACGAAUUCCAAUUGAAUUCUUGUGAACGAAUUUUAUUUGCAAAUUUAAUUGAAGAUUGUUGUAAUAACUUCGAAACAUUAAACUCUAUUAAUCUUAUUGAACUUUUAUAUACAUUGUGUAUAUUAAAUUUAGAUAAAACUAAAAUCGUUAAGUUGGUAGAAAAAAAGAUAGAUUGUAAUACAUUUAAUGAUAACUAUGAAAAGUUACAGAAAAAAAAGAAAUAUAUAAAUAAAAUCUGUUCAGAUAAAGAAAUUUUAAACGAAAGAAAUGAUUUAAUUAUUUUAAAUUAUAUCUAUAAUAAAUUUGUAGAGGAAUAUAUAGUUAACAAAAAUGAUAUUGAUUAUAACUUUUCUUUAAUAAUUGAUAAUAUAUAUUUUUGUAAAUAUAUAAAUGAUGACAUAUUUUUAAAUACUAUUAAGGGAAACAAAGAAAGUAUAAAUACAAGUACUUUUUAUAAAUUAAAAAACAUUUUAAAUGCUGCAACAUAUAAAGAAAAAGAAUUAGACAAGAAGAGAAACAUAAAAGAAAGUGCAACUUUUUCUUUAGCAGAGAAUGAAAAUAUAAAACAGUUAGAAAAAGAAAAAGAAAAUGAAGAAAAUAUAGGAAAUGAUGAAAAGCUCUUAACAAAUAAUCAAAGUAAGCAAACAGAUGUAAUACAAAAUAAUAUUAAAAAUAAAACAGAUCAAAAUAUUAAUUUCGUUUUAAAUGAAAUAAAAGAUGGAGAUCAUAAUUAUGAAAAUCAAUAUGAUGUUUGUUACUUUGGUAAAAUAAAAAACAAUAAUUACAUCAAUAAUAAUACAAGUAAUUAUUAUAAUAAUAAAAAUAUCCAAAUUUAUAAUAACGCUACAAAAAGCAAGGAAAAGGAAUCAUGUAAUAAAAUUAUUACUUGCAAUAAUAAUAAUAAUAAUAGCUUGUUUGAAACUUAUGAAAACAAAAAGGAGAAAGACCACACUAUAAAUAAUUCAAAUGAGUUACAUGUAAAUAAAGAAAAAAAAAAUAACUUAUAUAUUGUUAACAAUGAAAUGAAAAAUUAUGAAGAAUUUCCUGAAAAAGAAAGUGAUGACACAUCAAGACAAUUAAGUGAACUGAAAAAGGAUUUAAAAAACACAUAUGAUGUAGCUAUUGCUUAUUAUAACAAUAAAACGAAGUAUAAGAUGGUAAAUAAUAAUAAAGAUAACACAUUUAUAGAAAAUGAAGAGAAUGAAGACAUUAUGAAUUCUGAAAUAUACAAUCAUAUAAUUUCAAAAAGAAAUAUUAAAAAAAUAUUAGAUUAUCAUAAGCAAAAGCAAAUUUUAGAAGAAAAAAUUUUAAGAAAAAAUUCCAAAGAAAAAAAUGAUUCAGAAAAAUGUAAAAAUAACUAUAAUUUUAAUUUUUAUAAAUUAUUUAUAUUAUUAUUAAAAAUUUCCAUAUUUUCAUUGCUUUUUUUUAUAAUUGUAUUUAUAUAUAUUUCCUUAAAAUAA